UUCCAGUCAGCGGAUCUAUCCCAGGCUUUAAAAAGCGAAGCGGUGAAUCAUUGUGGCACUCAACUGACCAAUUGACUGACAAAUAACCAAAACAAAAGCGAAUUGGUACAUUGUACAUUAAUUAAAAAAAAUAUAAUUUUAAAAGAAGAAGUGGCAUAUACACUUUGUCUGUUGCAAAGUUGCAAUCUAGAACUUUCAAUCAUUUACACAAUUCAGCAUCACCUAACAGUUCCUUCAAGGUUUGGUGCUGUGGAUAGACCCAAGACAAUCAUGAUAAUGCUGACUCCCUCUUCUGAUGAAGAGUCUCUUGAACUCGCCUGGCUUUGGAUUCACAGGAAGUUCAGUGUGCAAAACAGAAUAGUAGGAACAUGACUUUAACCCUUUUCACACAUAGGAGUUAGUGAGUUUAAAAGGGGUUACUAUUGUAGAAUUGGAGAACAGAUUUAAAUGUUAUCUUUGAUGUAUGUGUCUGUUGUUUUCUGAGACACUGUGACACUGUUGGUUACUUUAAUUGUAUUUUAUACUUAUACAUUUUACACUUACUAGAGGAGACACAAAACACAAACAAGACUUUAUUUCUCGUCUUUGGAAGCCCUUACAGGUUUUCGAUUUGCGGGGGCUUUGAUGAGACACUCAAUCUUGCUGAGUAAGAUGCCCUAUGAAGCUAUGAGGCCUUGGUUCUAUGGCACAGAUAUCCAAACUGUACCUCAAUCCAUAUGAUAUGUUGAAUUGUUAUUCUCUUACUGAUAUUAGUUACUCUUUUAUUACAGGAAUGUAAUUAGGAUGUAGUUGCAUGAAACAUCACUUAACAAUUCACACUGAACAAGCAUGCCAAGACAGUUCUGAAUAUUGUUUAUAGUUCAGAAAUUGAGUAUCUGUAUUGUAAAGGAGAAUGGUAGAGUAAGUCUCAUUUAUUAUUUUCAACAACAAGACAUGAUGGUUGCUGUCAUGUCCCUCAUUUCUAUUACUGGCCAAUGGGUUAAGUCAGCCCAAAGGCCAGAUGGUUCAACAGCCUAGUAGUUUACGGCAUAACACUGUCUGCUUGUGUUAGACAAACAAUACCCAUAUUCGAUGUUGAAAGUUAGAUUUUUCCUGUAGACAAUUCGUUGCCUAUGGUUGACCCUUGAUGAAUGCCAUUCGAUCAAUACACAUUGAUUUAAAGCACACCAUUUAGAUAUACAUGUCCAAAUAUACAGCAUCCAUAGAACUGUAUAUAUACACAUCUGUCAUUACUGUUUGGUCCAUUUCAAAGGUCAUGAUAACUGAAUUGAAUCAUGCCAGGGUCGACCGUUAUCCACUGCUCAUGACUUAUAGUAACAAAUUAUAUUAAAUUGCGCAGUUUUAAUCGGAUACUUGGAUCAUAAGCUUUUUCGUAAGGUGGGUCCACAAGUACACUGGUUGGUAAGUGUUGCUACUUUUUAUCAGCUAAAUGAAGCAAUUUGGUUGCUUAGCUUUUACUCUAAUAUAUAUCAUUUUGUAAAUAUCAUAUACCACACUGAAUGCUGCAGUUACUGUAAAAAGUAAGGCUUCUAUUUCAUUUUGUCUGUCUUUCACUUGCUUUGCUGUUCAUAUCACUUAAGCAUCUUGAGAAGACACAUAAAUAGCAAUGGUAACUCAGGCACAGUCAGCUGAAGAAGUCAGUGAAGCUGCAGAUGACCGGCUCCAGUUCGGCCCUCAGAUCCUAGGCCUAGUGUUUCUGCAGACCACCUCAGACCAGCAGGUUAGAAGACCACCAUAGACCACUACCUAAUAGCUCCCGUCGUCUGGUCUCAGGUUUUUCCCAGCGUGUCAGCAAGCUCUUCCUGACCGAGCAGGCCAGAGGGAUCAAGAUCAAGGAGUUUGCUCGUAAAAAUGCAGCCAAUGCUCUUUCGGUGAUGAACAUGCUCAUGGGCAUGAGCUCUAUCCUUUGCAGUUUGAAUGGCCACCAUUACGCUGCAUGUUGGCUGGUUCUGAUUGGCUACCUGCUGGAUUUGGCAGAUGGAGCCGUUGCCAGACGACUAGAUGCAUGUUCUGCUCUGGGUGCUAAACUGGAUGAUUUUGCUGAUUUCACCACGUUUGGCAUUGCCACCUCAUUGCUCCUGAGAACCCCUGCCCUGAUGGACAACAUCCUGUCUAUGUGCUACGUCUUGUCUGUGUUUGUCCGCAUCUGCUUCUUCAGCAGUGGGAUUCCCUUCAUGUACCGUGGCCUGCCCUGUAUCUACUCCUCUGCCAUGUUGGCCUGCCUUUCCCUGCUGACUGGAGGGAACAUGGCUGUGCUCAGACUAACAGCAAUUCCCAUGAUUAUCUUCAUGGUCAGCCAGAACUUCUACCCUCAUGACAGGGUGCUGGAAUCCCAGGCCUGGAAGAAGGCCAUCUAUGCUGGAGGCAUUGUCAUGGUUUUCUGCUCCUCCUUCCCCCCUGCCUGUGUCUACUACCUGCUGUGGUCAGUGUCCUACAUUUUGUUUCCAACAUCUCUUUGGAGCCACAAGGUGUAGGUGGAUUGUGUGGACACAUUCCAGACUCACAGUAGGCUCCCUCACGGCCCGUCCGGGUGAACUAAAGCUUCCAGACAGGCUGCCUACUGCCACAAAGGAUCCAAACCGAAUGCGCUCAGCUCACCCCAAUAGCAGACCACUGCAGUCUUUCACCUUGUUUGUUUUGAGGUGAUGAGUAAAAUAUGUAUGAAUUGAUUAGUUAGUGAGAUAGAUAAUUAAUAAAUUUUAUUUUAAUGUUUGUAAGCAUUAUUACUUUAAUGAAGCGUUGAUUUCGGAACUCUUUGGGGCUAUAUGGGUUACUACCCAUUUGGUCAAUGUUCAUCAAAAACGGUAUUUGUGAUGAAUGCGUACUGUUUUUAAUGUUUCAUCCAAUCUAUACCUAAUACUGUCAUUGGGAGUCGAGCUGUGCCUAAACAGUCUACUGAUUGUGGUUGAUAUAUUUUUUUUCAUAAUGUUUCGUAAUUUUUUAGAUUGGAUUACGGUUUAUUGUUUUGUGUCCAGUUUUAGAUUGCCAUUGAGAAACCUACUCAAACCUGUAUCCACAGCUAAAAACAGGCAUAACCAAGUUUUCCAGUGUAUCAGUGGCACUCUCACAAAACCUUGUCUUUCUCAGGAGAGCAUAAUGUUUAUAUGGGAACAAAUUCAUUGUGUAGAACUGAACACAGCCUUGUUUUUUGGAAUGAAGAACAAGCAUCCCUGGCAGUUCUGGACAGGACACGUCUGCUCUCCUGCACCUACAGUCACAUGGUUUUAGAAACCUUUGUUUUUUUAUGCUUUAAUUGGCUGGCAUUUCUUUUGACUCAUUUAUAUCAAUGUUGGAAUUUGUAAGGUAUGGUGAGCAGAAUCUUAUAACUGGACAACGUUUUUCAUAUAAAAUCCAUAUACACAGAACUCUUGCACAGUCAUUGUAAACACAAUAUGAUUUUGUGUGAAGAUUUAAGAUUGAGCUUCUUUUGAGUAUUUUCCAAAAUUUGAAAAGUUUGUGUAUCCCCUAAAUAUGGCAUUGUAACUGGCAUCUGGCAUUGCACCCUUAAUUCAAACACUAUCCCUAUUUAGAAGGAAGAGCUUUCAAAUCAGUCAGAACUAUGGUUGGUAUCUCCAUGUGUUGGUAACAUGCGGAUGAGAACAUGGGCAUUGAUGUUUGAGAGAUGCAUGGGAGUGAUCCCAGAGGAACUGACGUGGACACCUGUCUCUCAGUAUGCUCAUCCACUCCAUCUAAAACUUGGUCAUGUUUGAAUCUAACGGUCUUCUUCUAACAUUUAUUUUGACUAACAAUUGAGACUGGGGUUGGAUGCAUUUUCUGUCCAUGAUAUUUUAUUAUCAUCGUUGUGCACUUUGAUUCUGUUUUAAGAGACUUUGCACAUUCCUUAAGACAUGUUUGUAUGUCAUAAUCACAUCCUAAGAUCAUUUUGUUUCAAGUGAUGCAGUGUGGGCAGUUUACAUCUGAAUGGUGAAAGUGUAACAGUACAUGACAUCUAACCUUAACAGCACCUUUGUCUGAGGAAAUUAUUGUUUUUGACCAAUUUGGUUAAACAUAAACUUUCAUCACUUCAGCAUGAAGGGUGAUGUUCAGAGUAAUGAUGGUACCUCCCUUCCACCUCUAGGUAUUUAGAUAGUUAAUGAAACAUUCUUUCAAGGAACUUGUGUUCUUUUUCUAAGAAUGUCUGAGGACCUGUGAGUUGUGGUGACAAACAGUAUGGCUGUAUUUGUGUCUGGCUUCACCUUUCCAGAUAAAGGUUUGUUGACAUCACAUCCAGUGUAAUGAGAAAAAACAGUAAAGUUUGAGCACUGACUAAAGGCCAGUUUUGCAUAUUGUACUCAAGCAAUGCUUUCCAGAGUUUCUGCAUCUGGUUCUUCUAUUCCCCAUCAUAGCCACAGUAAUGCAUGCCUAGUGUUGGUGUAUUAGAAAUGCAACAGAACUAUACACACCCAAUAUCAAACACGUCUGAAGACCACCUGUAUUUUUUAUUCGUAAUGUUUUGACAUUAAAAAAGAGGUGAAACAAU